CUGCGGAGGACAGGAUCCAAAUCAAUGAAUCUAGUCAAACAAACGGGGUUGGGCAAUCGAAGUUGGGACUAAUUCAUACACUACCAUUUGUGUGUGUGGCAUGGGUUAUGUAUGAUACAUGAUUUAUUUGCCGAUAGUAUUGUGUGGUUGAUUAUAUAAAUUAGACUUAUAUGGUGAAAUCAACAACUUUACUCAAAAAGCCAUUGGACAGGCUAUUUAUUUAGAAUUACCAUAUAAUUAUAAUUUUUUACAUUUGGGUCUUUGAAAACCGAGAAUGAUUUUUGCUAAUUCUGGCAACCCAUUGAGGACUACUUAUCGUAAGCAGCCACCUGCCGGCCCCUCGUCACACCCCAUGGCUCCUCCCAGCCCCUCGUCACACCCCAUGGCUCCUCCCAGCCCCAACAGCAGCAGCACGGCAGGCUGGGAGCAGCUUAGCAAAACCAACCUGUACAUCCGCGGCCUGCCUCCACCCACCACAGACCAUGACCUGGUCAAGCUCUGCCAACCGUAUGGCAAAAUAGUCUCAACAAAGGCGAUUCUGGACAAGACAACCAACAAAUGUAAAGGUUACGGCUUUGUGGACUUUGACAGUCCUGCUGCGGCUCAGAAAGCUGUCACAGCCCUGAAGGCAAGCGGAGUACAAGCCCAGAUGGCCAAGCAACAGGAGCAGGAUCCCACCAACCUGUACAUCUCCAACCUGCCGCUGUCCAUGGACGAGCAGGAGCUGGAGGCCAUGCUGAAGCCGUUCGGACAGGUCAUCUCCACGCGCGUCCUGAGAGACUCCAACGGAGGCAGCAGAGGAGUGGGCUUCGCCAGGAUGGAGUCGCCGGAGAAAUGUGAUGCAGUUAUCUCUCACUUCAACGGCAAGUUUAUUAAGACGCCACCGGGAGUCCCUGCGCCCCCCGAGCCCCUACUGUGUAAGUUUGCUGAUGGCGGGCAGAAAAAGAGGCUAAGCCAGAAUAAAUUUGUGCAGAACGGCCGUCCCUGGGUGAGAGAUGGAGACGCCAGACUGGCUGGGAUGACCCUCACAUACGACCCCACCACAGCCACCAUGCAGAACGGGUUCUACCCAUCUCCUUAUAGUAUUGCCAACAGGAUGAUGGCUCAGUCCUCUAUGUCUCCCUACCUCUCCCCUGUCUCCACCUACCAGGUACAGAACCCUUCCUGGGUGACACACCAACCCUACAUCAUGCAGCACCCAGGAGCGGUGAUAUCGCCCUCUAUGGACCAUGCUAUGUCACUGCAGCCCACGUCCAUGAUGAGCCCUCUCACCCAGCAGAUGGGCCACUUGUCCCUGGGAAGUGCAGGAGCGUUUAUGGCCGCUAAUACACCUAUGCAAGGAGCGUAUAUUCCCCAGUAUGCACACCUGCAGACUACGACUCUUCCAGUGGAGGAACAUGGGGGGCAGCAGCCUGGGGAUUCAUCUGGAGAUCAACCCCAGUACGCCUACCAGCAGGCCAAGUAACACAGAGGUGUGAGUUGAGCAGAGGAUUGGGACAACAGCUAAAACAAUCAUGUCUUUCUUGGAUGGGUCAAACAUGAAGGAAUUAUCACCAUUUUGCAGGUUCUGCAAUGAUUUCCUUAUGUUUGUGAUGAGAAUAAGUUAGACUAUUUUUGGUAUAAGUUCCAUGAGGUGCAAACAAAUGAUUAAUUACAUCUAAUGAUGCGAAUGAUUAGAAGAAAAAAAAAGAAAAAAAGGUUUUAUUUUGAUAAGGAAAAACUAAACGUUUAUUUUUUACCAAUGAUUGUCACAUGGAUGCAAGAACCUAGUGGAUCGUGUGACUCCCUGUUUUAACUGCAUGAUAGUAAAGAUGUCUUUUGUUCAUAUUUUCAUGAUUUUAAUUUAGUUUUCUCUUAUUUUGUAUUGAAAUAGUUUUUAUCUGAAGAUUUAUUAGUGAGACAUCUUGAAAAUUAUGUUUUGUGCUUGCUGUGUGCGUGUUGCUAUGGUGAAGUGUUCAGUGUUUUUUCUUGUAAAGUGAUUUAUCUUAGUGGUCUGCUCUAGAUUGAUCUUGCUGUCUUAUACAAUUUGCCUUAACAAUUUCCGUACAGUAGCUGUACAGGCAACCUCCAAGGCUGGCCAUGCGCUAGAAAGGGAGAGCUAUUGCCUUGUAAAUCAGCUAAAUAGGGCUUUCUAUUGGAUAUAGCAAAUUAAAUCUGCUGUGUUAUGUGUUUUUGCUUUUUCCCCUCAGAAAGAAAAUCUGAGUCCGAGUAGAAAAUUUAGAAAAGAAAAAAAAUUUUUUGAGUGAAAUGAUCUCCUGAUUCUGAUAGGUUUGAAGAGGAUGUAAUGUUUCUAUCACCAGAAGAUAAUACAUGUCUCUCUGGUUGGUUGAAUGUGGUAGAAAUUAUGCUGAAUGAUUGCAUUUUAAAUCUUGCCUUUUUUGAUUACUUGGUGUUGUAGAUUAGACAUGGGUGAGGAACAUUGGAGGUGGGGAAUA